AUGCAUUUGUGCGAGAUGCGUGGCAUGCCGCAGCGGUUGCAACCUCAGUGUUUGACCAACGAAAGCGAAAUUCAAAUUAAAAUCAAAAGCAAAAUCAAAAAUAAAACUGCCAGCGAGAUCAAACGCCGACACAGAAACAAUCGAGAUUUUCAUGGGGAGCGGCUAAAAAUAAUGCCAGUCGAUCGGAGUCGACGCGCAGUAUUCCCACUGCUGCUGCUCCUCGCGGGAUUAAACGGAUUAACUCAAGUCGGAGCGCUCAAGGGUGAAAAUCCACGCAUCAUCGAGCAUCCCAUGGACACGACUGUGCCAAAAAAUGAUCCAUUUACGUUUAAUUGCCAGGCCGAGGGCAAUCCAACACCAACCAUUCAGUGGUUUAAGGACGGUCGCGAACUGAAGACGGAUACGGGCUCGCAUCGCAUAAUGCUGCCCGCCGGGGGUCUAUUCUUUCUGAAGGUUAUCCACUCACGUAGAGAGAGCGAUGCGGGCACUUACUGGUGCGAGGCCAAAAACGAGUUUGGAGUGGCGCGGUCCAGGAAUGCAACGUUGCAAGUGGCAUUUCUACGCGACGAAUUCCGUUUGGAGCCGGCAAAUACCCGCGUGGCCCAAGGCGAGGUGGCCCUGAUGGAAUGCGGUGCCCCCCGAGGAUCUCCGGAGCCGCAAAUCUCGUGGCGCAAGAACGGCCAGACCCUGAAUCUCGUCGGGAACAAGCGGAUUCGCAUUGUCGACGGCGGCAAUCUGGCCAUCCAGGAAGCGCGCCAAUCGGACGACGGACGCUACCAGUGCGUGGUCAAGAAUGUGGUUGGCACCCGGGAGUCGGCCACCGCCUUUCUCAAAGUGCAUGUACGUCCAUUCCUCAUCCGAGGACCCCAGAACCAGACGGCGGUGGUGGGCAGCUCGGUGGUCUUCCAGUGCCGCAUCGGAGGCGAUCCCCUGCCCGAUGUCCUGUGGCGACGCACUGCCUCCGGCGGCAAUAUGCCACUGCGUCGUGUGCACGUACUUGAGGACCGCAGUCUGAAGCUGGACGACGUUACUCUGGAGGACAUGGGCGAGUACACUUGCGAGGCGGACAAUGCGGUGGGCGGCAUCACGGCCACGGGCAUCCUCACCGUUCACGCUCCCCCCAAAUUUGUGAUACGCCCCAAGAAUCAGCUGGUGGAGAUCGGUGAUGAAGUGCUGUUCGAGUGCCAAGCGAAUGGACAUCCCCGACCAACGCUCUACUGGUCGGUGGAGGGCAACAGCUCCCUGCUGCUCCCCGGCUACCGGGAUGGCCGCAUGGAAGUGACCCUGACGCCCGAGGGGCGCUCGGUGCUCUCGAUAGCUCGAUUUGCCCGUGAGGAUUCCGGAAAGGUGGUCACUUGCAACGCCCUGAACGCCGUGGGCAGCGUCAGCAGUCGGACUGUGGUCAGUGUGGAUACGCAGUUCGAGCUGCCACCGCCGAUUAUCGAACAGGGGCCCGUGAAUCAAACAUUACCCGUUAAAUCAAUUGUGGUUCUGCCUUGCCGUACUCUGGGCACCCCAGUGCCACAGGUCUCUUGGUACCUGGAUGGCAUACCCAUCGAUGUGCAGGAGCACGAGCGGCGGAAUCUCUCGGACGCUGGAGCCUUAACCAUUUCGGAUCUUCAGCGCCACGAGGAUGAAGGCUUGUACACCUGCGUGGCCAGCAAUCGCAACGGAAAAUCCUCUUGGAGUGGUUACCUUCGUCUGGACACCCCGACAAAUCCGAAUAUCAAGUUCUUCAGAGCCGCAGAGCUUUCCACCUACCCAGGGCCGCCAGGAAAACCGCAAAUGGUGGAAAAGGGCGAAAAUUCGGUGACUCUUAGCUGGACGAGGAGCAACAAAGUGGGCGGCUCCAGUCUGGUGGGCUAUGUAAUCGAGAUGUUUGGCAAAAACGAAACGGAUGGCUGGGUGGCUGUGGGCACCAGGGUGCAAAAUACCACGUUUACCCAAACGGGUCUGCUGCCGGGUGUGAAUUACUUCUUCCUAAUUCGAGCCGAGAACUCCCACGGCUUAUCACUGCCCAGUCCGAUGUCGGAACCCAUUACGGUGGGAACGCGCUACUUCAAUAGUGGUCUGGAUCUGAGCGAGGCUCGUGCCAGUCUGCUGUCCGGAGAUGUUGUGGAGCUGAGCAACGCCAGUGUGGUGGACUCCACUAGCAUGAAGCUCACCUGGCAGAUCAUCAAUGGCAAAUACGUCGAGGGUUUCUAUGUCUAUGCGCGACAGUUGCCAAAUCCAACAGUCAAAAAUCCGGCGCCCGUUACUAGCAAUACCAAUCCGCUGCUGGGCUCCACAUCCACAUCCGCAUCCGCCUCGGCAUCGGCAUUGAUUUCGACAAAGCCAAAUAUUGCCGCUGCCGGUAAACGUGAUGGGGAGACCAACCAGAGUGGAGGAGGAGCUCCGGCCCCACUGAACACCAAGUAUCGCAUGCUAACGAUUCUCAAUGGCGGUGGCGCCUCAUCCUGCACCAUCACCGGGCUCGUCCAGUACACGCUGUAUGAAUUUUUCAUCGUGCCAUUUUACAAAUCCGUCGAGGGCAAGCCGUCGAAUUCGCGCAUCGCUCGCACCCUUGAAGAUGUUCCCUCUGAAGCGCCAUAUGGAAUGGAGGCUCUGCUGCUCAACUCCUCCGCGGUCUUCCUGAAAUGGAAGGCACCAGAACUCAAGGAUCGGCAUGGCGUUCUCUUGAACUAUCAUGUUAUAGUCCGAGGUAUUGACACUGCCCACAAUUUCUCGCGCAUUUUGACAAAUGUCACCAUCGAUGCCGCUUCGCCUACUCUGGUUUUGGCCAACCUCACCGAAGGCGUCAUGUACACCGUGGGCGUGGCGGCCGGAAAUAACGCUGGAAUCGGUCCCUAUUGUGUGCCUGCAACUUUGCGUUUGGAUCCCAUCACAAAGCGACUCGAUCCGUUCAUCAAUCAGCGCUAUCCCAUCAAUCAGGACAAUGUUAACGAUGUGCUGACGCAGCCGUGGUUCAUAAUACUCCUGGGCGCCAUCCUGGCCGUCCUUAUGCUGUCCUUUGGCGCAAUGGUCUUUGUGAAGCGCAAGCACAUGAUGAUGAAGCAGUCGGCCCUAAAUACCAUGCGUGGCAAUCACACGAGCGACGUGCUCAAAAUGCCGAGUCUAUCGACGCGCAAUGGAAACGGCUACUGGCUGGACUCCUCCACCGGCGGAAUGGUGUGGCGUCCCUCGCCCGGCGGCGACUCGCUGGAGAUGCAAAAGGAUCACAUCGCCGACUAUGCUCCGGUCUGCGGUGCCCCCGGUUCUCCGGCCGGCGGUGGCGCCUCUUCCGGUGGCUCCGGUGGCGCGGGCAGCGGUGGCAGCGGCGGCGAUGACAUUCAUGGAGGACACGGCAGCGAACGCAAUCAGCAGCGGUACGUGGGCGAGUACUCCAACAUACCGACCGACUACGCAGAGGUGUCCAGUUUUGGCAAGGCACCCAGCGAGUAUGGGCGGCAUGGCAACGCCUCCCCGGCCCCGUAUGCCACCUCUUCGAUCCUGAGCCCCCACCAGCAGCAACAGCAGCAGCAGCCGCGUUAUCAACAGCGACCAGUGCCCGGCUAUGGCCUCCAGCGCCACAUGCAUCCACACUACCAACAGCAGCAGCAGCAACAGCAACAGGCGCAGCAGCAGCACCAGGCUCUCCAGCAGCACCAGCAACUGCCACCCAGCAACAUCUACCAGCAGAUGUCCACCACCAGCGAGAUAUACCCCACAAACACGGGCCCUCCGCGUUCCGUCUACUCCGAGCAGUAUUACUACCCCAAGGACAAGCAGAGGCACAUCCACAUCACCGAGAACAAGCUGAGCAACUGCCACACCUACGAGGCGGCUCCUGGAGCCAAGCAGUCCUCGCCGAUAUCCUCGCAAUUCGCCAGCGUGAGGCGGCAGCAGCUGCCGCCCAACUGCAGCAUCGGCAGGGAAAGCGCCCGCUUCAAGGUGCUGAACACGGAUCAGGGCAAGAACCAGCAGAAUCUUCUGGACCUCGACGGCUCCUCCAUGUGCUACAACGGUCUGGCGGACUCGGGCUGCGGUGGCUCUCCCUCCCCGAUGGCCAUGCUGAUGUCGCACGAGGACGAGCACGCGCUGUACCACACGGCGGAUGGGGAUCUGGACGACAUGGAACGACUGUACGUCAAGGUGGAUGAGCAGCAGCCUCCGCAGCAGCAGCAGCAGCUGAUUCCCCUGGUGCCACAGCAUCCGGCGGAAGGACACCUGCAGUCCUGGCGGAAUCAGAGCACGCGGAGCAGUCGGAAGAACGGCCAGGAAUGCAUCAAGGAACCCAGCGAGUUGAUCUACGCUCCGGGAAGCGUGGCCAGCGAACGGAGCCUCCUCAGCAACUCGGGUAGCGGCAUCAGCAGCCAGCCAGCUGGCCACAAUGUCUGACCUUUGCUCCCUGGUUCAUCCUUGGGCCAGUCUCAGUCCAAAUCCCAGUCGCAAUCCCAGAGUGAUCUGCAGUCCCAGGAACAGCUCUACGCUCGGGAAGUGAGGGAACUACUCGCCUGGUGCGAACGCUUCAACAACGGAGGAGUGGAGAACUUUGAGUAGCCUGGUUAGGAAGGAGGGGUAUUUGGAGGGGGGUGUGCUGAAGGAAAGAUUGUGCGAAAGAAAGGGUACGCAUUGAACAGCUGGGCAGGAUCAAGGAACAGGUGAAGCGAAUGGUGUGGUGGUCUGAUUUCUGUAAGGGUUGAGCUUAAAGAAUAACUUGAAUACUUGUGUUUUUGAAAACAUUUGAUCUAAAAUUUUGAAUCUGAACAACUGGUAAAUCAACCAUGCUUUUUGUAUCAUUUAUCCCUCAUGAUUUAUUUGUAUGCAAUGUGUUUCUUGACCCUUAAAAAUUGACUGCCUUGAGCUUUGCUUGUUCCCUGCUGCGUUUGUCACAAAUAAGAAAUGUGACCAAGACUGAGACUGACAGAGUGCGAGAUUCGUGUGAGGAUUACAUUUAGUUUGAUUAGUAUUACAAGGUUUCGUUUCUAUGUGAAGAAAGCCGAGCUCUGAACUCUGAGCCAUCGGCCCUAUGCUAGUGAUAGACAUAUUACUCUUUCUCCAUCUCUCCGGCUCAAUCUAUCUCUACUCGCGCUAAUCUCCGACUAAGAACUGCUUUCGUUACACUUUAGACUAAGGUAGCUAUAGCAAAGAUCACUGUAAAUGAAAGAAAACGUAUGAUAAGUUCCUCCAAGUAUGCAGACGAUGAUAGCCAAAACUCUGCGUUAGCUUUAGAGUAUGCAUAUAUAGUGUAUACACCCACUUAGAUAGAUCGAUGGGCAGCAUUUUGUUUGUUACUUAAGGGGUUCGUAAUUAGGCUAAGCGUCCAGGCAGAUAUCAAUUCAGUAGCCACGAAUGUUUAUCCAGUAAGUGUACAUAUUGUAAUGCACUAGCUGUAGUUAAUUAUACGUACGCAUAUAUAUCUCUAUAAUAUCAAAUGAAUUAUUCAAUAUAAUUAUGCAAAUGUGAACACAAAUGAGUAGACGUAACGAAUAAUAUUUAACAUGAAUAGUUACAGACAAGUGAAUAAAUUGUGCAUAUAGUAAUUUAAACCGUAAUCAUAAUCAUCGCAGCCCACACGCCCCACUAAUUAGUUGUUGUUUAAAUACCCGUACGCAUACAUACACACCUAUCUAACCCGUUUAGUAAUAGAAAUACCACCCAGGCAUAUAUGAAAAAUCCUUCAAUUUGAGCCAAGAAUAGCAAGAUCCUUUUUACUCCCUUCUUCGGUUCGCACUAAUGAACUGCGCGAAAAGGCAGGCAAUUAUAUAUAGAUAUAUCCAUCGAUUUCAGAACGUCAGCAAGCACAGGUUCGUUCAGCAUGUUGUUUAUCGCACCCCAAAUGAUGGAAAUUAAGUGCGUUUUGUAUGUGUGUCUAUGCGUAAUUGUAAUUAUUGAUAUCGAAUACGUAUUUACAAUGUAGCAAUUACAGAAGCAAAAUAAAAAUGCCAUAAUUAUGAAAUUAAAACCAACAAAA